AAUACCGCGUCUAUAAAUGAAACUGGCCUCGCUGGGGAUGAUUAUUUUCCCAGGUGUUCGCGAUAGUGUAAUUUUUUAACGCUGCGAUGCCUGAACCCACGAAAUCUGCUCCUGCGCCCAAAAAGGGCUCCAAGAAGGCGGUGACAAAGGCCCAGAAGAAGGACGGCAAGAAGCGCAAGCGCAGCCGCAAGGAGAGCUACUCCGUGUACGUGUACAAGGUGCUGAAGCAGGUCCACCCCGACACUGGGAUCUCGUCCAAGGCCAUGGGUAUCAUGAAUUCCUUCGUCAACGACAUCUUCGAGCGCAUCGCGGGGGAGGCGUCUCGCCUGGCGCAUUACAACAAGCGCUCGACCAUCACCUCCCGGGAGAUCCAGACGGCCGUGCGCCUGCUGCUGCCGGGAGAGCUGGCCAAGCACGCCGUGUCCGAGGGCACCAAGGCCGUAACCAAGUACACCAGCUCCAAGUAAACUUGCCAAGGGAGAGAGAUGAAUGCACAGAAGAAAUGAAUGCAUAAAAUAACUGAAAACACGAAUCUAUUCAUAGAAGUUAUGAAGUAUGAAAAGUCUGAUCUGCCUGAGAAUGACUGAUUAGUGUCAUACAGUAUCCCAUCCAAAUCCAACCCAACCUGGUUUGCUGCACACUAAUUCAACAAAAGGAGAUCAUUACCUGAGUGGAAGAAAGUAAACAAGGUUUUCAGCUUUUUCAUUUUAUUUUUUGAGUUAUAAAAAUAGAAUUUACUACUGCACAGAACCAGUUACUGGGAAUUCAUUAUUUACCGUGGACUACCUUUACAAAAAAAGUCUGAAUGACAGGACGGCAGGAAGGCUGUAAAUGAAAUGUUAUAAUUAAUAUUAAUAAAAUAUGCAGAGAAUUGAAAUUCUG